AUGUCGCUCAGUCUACCCGCUUCCGCGACGUCUGAGGGUGGAUCGUCCGACUCCUCUUCAGAUAUCGACACCACGGCUUCCGCAGCCUCCGGCGCGGCUGCAAACUCGGACGACGCCUCGCCUGACACGGACGAUUUCAAGCGUCCAUGUAUUGUCCAGGUCGUAGACUCUCCCUCCCUUGUGGAGGGCCCCGCAGACGUGACGUAUCCGAGCUGGUCGGCGUGGAAUGAGUAUUUGAAGGCUUACUCGCACAACCAUGCGGUGGGGACAGCGCAGUUCAAGACGUACGCGGAGAACCGUAGGUUGGACGACACGGACACGAAGGAUGCUGUGGACAGCAUGGUGAUGUACGGUAGAAAGCGCGCACGCAUCUAUGAGUAUCUUCUGGGGAGAGGCGAGAACCUCGUCAAGAAGGAUGUGGACAACAUUGUGCAACGUGUUAAAGCAGAGAUAAGAGGAGGGUUGAAUGACGACGACGCUUGCGCCGCAACUCUCGCGGAAUUCGCAGCUAUUGACGGUAACGUAGUCACGGUGGACGAAACUGAUGCGGGACACUCUGGUGUGAUCAGUAUGACUUCCAGACAUAUGCGCGACAUGGUUACUAGGUUUCCAGAGCUUUUGCUUGUGGACUGUACCCACAAAACGAAUCGUGGGCAGCCUGUACAACAGUCUUUGCUCGAACGAAACGCCGAUUGGCAGAUGUCCCGAGCGCUGGAUCAUCUAUUUCGGAUUGACGAUAAGAUUGGCGACAAGGUUCAAGUUAUAAUGGUCGACAAAGAUCUGAAUGAGAUCCGCGUGUUGCGUCGGUACUUCCCUAAGUCGCGCGUGUUGAUUUGCGUCUUUCACGUCAUCAAAUAUCUCCGCACAGCGUCCAGGAAGCCAGAAUAUGGUAAACUUUCGUCGGACGAUCACGACGCCAUCGACGCAUUAGUCCACAACAUGGUAUAUGUCUUAAGUUCAGAGAUCUACGAGACCAAUUGGACCUCCAUGAAGGCACUUUGCACUAGGACUGGAUAUAUGGCAUUUUACAACUACAUGGAUGAAAACUGGAACACUUGUACGGAGAUGUGGGUCAUGUACCAACGCUCACGGUUGGCACAUUUGCGCGUCCACACGAACAACCAUUUAGAGAAUUGGUUUGGGCAUUUUAAGGACGGGGUAAACUCCAACAUGACCAUGACGGACACCGUGAAGGCCCUUGUGGGUGCUGAUGCCAGGACUUCCAGUGAAUACGUGUUCGACAAGACUAGGAUCGGGUUACGUGUCAACCGCAACUACGACGAGGAGAUGUGCCAAGUUUUGCGCUUUACGACGCAUUUCGUAGCAACACACGUGGAGAAGGAAUGGUUACAUCCUGUUCUGCCACUCCAAACCAAGUACAACAACGCGGGUAGCAAGAAAGCCAAGUACACUAGAGAGAGUGCGCCUGUGCUGAAUGAAAACGCGUUCUACCUACUUCCACCCAAACUGUUGGACAAGACGGGCAGCGGCGUUCGCAUCGUCGGUGUCGAGGCAGCCUCGGCGUCAAAGAAGAAGAAAUCUAUGAGUGAAAAAAUGAAGACAAAGGUUCAGGAACUACUCACUGAAGCGGAUGUACUGCUCAUUCCUGUAAAUUUUGGGAACAUGCAUUGGUGUGCAAUGAUCGUGGAUGGCAAGCAGAACAAUGUCCUGUACUACGACUCAAUGAACCUGAAGACGUACAAGGACGUACUGGACCGCAUGUCGUGUGAUCUGGCUACUACGCUCAGCGACGACUUCAAAGUUGUGUCCGUCAAUGGACCGAUCCAGACAGACGGAUACAACUGCGGAUUCUACGUAAUGUUGAGGUUUUGGCGAUAUGUAGACAAGAGUGUGUCGCUGGACGUAACUCCGAUUGGUCUAACGCUGUUACGCUUCCGCAUCCUUCACUUCGUGCUUCACGGUAGCAAGCCAUAA